AUAUUCAUAUGCUUCAGUAAGGAGACAGGAAAAAAGGUGAAACAAAGUGUUGUGUGUUUCACAAUGACUUUUUAAUAGUUAGGGAAUAACAAAAUUAAAGCCCUUUAAGAAAGAGUAGGCUGGUCCAUUAUUUUCCCUAUAAGAAGAAAUCACUUCUGAUAUCCCAACAUGAACUUGAUAACCUUUGGGAGUAAGAAAGGUGCUUAGAGUUUUAGAAAUUUCAUCUGGAAGUUUUCUUAGAUUUAUUUUAGGAAAAAGUGUUUUGUCAAUUUAUUAUUCCCAUCUAUAGAACUUUGAGUUUUUGUUUUGUUUUUAGAAGGUGAGAGGAAAGGAAAUCUUACUUAAUUUUGUUUUAUCUUGCUCAUUAAGGCAUAUCUGAUCUCUUGAGUAUCAGUUCUUUCUAUGGCUAACCUUUAAAUUUCUACCUUUAGGCUUUAAAUGAGAACAUUCCUGACUGGAAAACCUUUCUUUCAGUUUGUCUCUUGUUCUUUCGAGACUCGAUUUCAGUUCUGCUUUUCCUUCAAAUUGUACUCAACCUUCUGUUGCCAAUUACAAGAUCAUUCUCAUUCCUCGAGUGUAAGUGUGUGUGCGUGUGUAUUUAAAUACCCUUUUUUAGUCCUGGGUGUCUUAGAAAUUUGGGGAAACGAUUUUGUCCUCUUGUUAAUCCUGAAAAUGUAUACCUAUUUUGGUACCUGUUUAAAUUACUUUUAUUCGUUCUUUAUGUUAUAGUUAAGACAUUUUAUUUUGCUUUUGAACUUUUUACAUUGUCUCUGAAAUCAUUUCAGCAUAGCAAAACGGGUAUUGGAAAACAAAAAGGGGAUGGAUGUUAGGUGUUUCAAGUUUGGGCCCUACCACAUAAGCCAUAAACUUAAGGCACACAUGACCCUUUGGGGGCAUGGAUCUUUAUCACACAGAACAGCGUGGGCCCUUACCAGGUACUGAGGGUAGUUCUCGUCCCCUUGAGAGGCAAGUGUCCUUCAUGCUUAAUCUUCUGUACAACUUUCAUUUCUAUUCAGGAAAGGCCAAAAUGUUAGUUUACCAUUUUGUUGAGAAAGAGAUGGGAAGCACAUUCAGUAUUCAGAUGAAGAAGAGAAGUUAAUUGGAAUCAUUUUGCCUCACUGAUAUUUAAAAUCUUUAAGAUUACUUUUUCAACUCCGCACAAUUCAUCUUUUGUUUUCCGAUUGGUAACAUUAACGCCGCUGGCUUUAUGUUCUCUGAAGUUUAAUUAGUUCUGUUGUAUUUACCCGAGUGGCUUUCAUUUCCCCUUUCUACAUUUCCAAGAUGGGACCUUGUUCUUGUAGGUUAGAAUAUAUAUUUUUAAUUACCCAACGCCAGGUGUUAUCCCAUUGGGCCUACUAUUCAUUAUUAUUCAAAGCAGAGAAGCAUCAGGGAAAGGUUCAUUGUGUGCAUUUUAAAUCAGGUUUUGGGAGAUGUAGUCACUGUAUUAAUUGGUGCGCUGGUGGUCAUUUUGAGGACCACUACGAUGAGAUGGAGUAGGCCCUAUUCUUGAAAUCUGGAGCGUCAGUGUGGUUAAGACUGGUCUCUAGAUUCGAACUGUGGGUGCUAUCUACACAACUGUGCAGGGCUGUGGGGGUUCUUCCUGCCUCUACCACUUACCAGGUGUGUCAGUAACUAGCUGGGCAACUGAGGAAACUUCUCGUUUCUCCAUUUUCAGUUCUAAACUAGGAUGAAAAAUAAUGACUAGCAGAUGUUGUGGAAUAGUGUCUGGCAUAGAAUGAGCAUGGAUAUUUUUCAUUGUUUAAAGGUUCAUAAUGUGACUCAUCUUUUUAAGACUUUAAUGCAAUUCAAUUUUUUUUCAAGAAGUUUCAGAUCUUCACAAAAGGUGGAGACUUGCCUAUGCUAGGUGAACCGUACUGAUGUCUUGAAUGUCCACUUUUAUUUUCACAACACUCUAUUGUCAUUACCUGAGGUGUGCAUUGCGCUUGAGUAACCGCAACUGUGUUCACAGUAUAUGAAGGCUAUGUAGCUGUAACGUUGAUGCUUUCAGACUAAUCUUUGCUUUGGAAGAGAAUUGAUUUUUAGUCCAUAGCAGUUCUUGAAAGUAAGCACCCUGAGAUGAAGUAGCUCUUUCCCACCCGUUUUCUUUCAAAUGCUCUAAAGUUGAGCACACCAGAGUCCAGAAAAAUCCACAGGGUUUAGGAAACCUGUCCACGGUCUAGUAACUCUAGGUCAGGAUGAACUGGCCGCAGCACAGUGCUAAGUACCACCUCCCUCCUCUCUGGCUGGCGGCCUUGGGGCUAGGACCUGCGCGUUCUGUGGUUGCUACGGCAACCCCGAGGCAGGUGUCACCCGUCGCUAUAGCGCUCGGUACGCUGCAGCACGGCUGUUCCUGAUUGGCCGAGGCGCCCCGGCGAAGCGGAAGAAGAGGUGUUGGCAUUGGCUCAGCCAGCGCCGGUUGGUGGCCUAAAGCAGGAUUUGAUUGUACCAACGGUGCAGCAGGCAGUGGUGUCCCCGAGGUGGAGGGGACAGGGAGUGGGCUGGGGGGAUGGGCGGGACGGGCCCCCCGAUCCGGAGCCGCGGGUGGCAGCAGCAGAAACGAUGAGGAAGAUUUAGAAAUUGGCUUGAAGGAGGGACCCUCCCUCUGGCGCGGCAGGCGAUGUUAAUUCUGGGGCAUUGAUGUUUUACAAUGCCUGAUCAAGACAAAAAGGUGAAGACCACAGAAAAAUCAACUGAUAAAAAACAGCAAGGAAUCACCACCAGGGACUAUUCAGAUCUUAAAAGACUUCGUUGUCUUUUGAACGUCCAGUCAAGCAAACAACAGCUUCCAGCCAUUAACUUUGAUAGUGCCCAGAAUAGCAUGACGAAGACUGAGCACGUCAUCAAGGUGGGUGGACACAGAGCCCGAGGUCAGUGGCAUGAGUCCACAGAAGCAGUUGAACUGGAAAAUUUUAGCAUAAACUACAAGAAUGAGAGAAACUUCAGCAAACAUCCCCAGCAUAAACUAUUUCAGGAGAUCUUUACAGCCUUGGUGAAAAACAGACUCAUCUGCAGAGAGUGGGUUCAUCGAGCCCCAUCUAUUCAUUUUCUAAGAGUGUUAAUCUGUCUGAGACUACUAAUGAGGGAUCCAUGUUAUCAGGAAAUACUCCACAGCUUGGGAGGAAUUGAAAACCUAGCUCAGUACAUGGAGAUUGUGGCCAAUGAGUACCUCGGCUACGGAGAGGAGAGGCACAGUGUGGACAAGCUGGUCAACAUGACGUAUAUUUUUCAAAAACUUGCUGCUGUCAAAGACCAAAGAGAAUGGGUCACCACAAGUGGAGCACACAAGACGUUAGUAAAUUUACUUGGUGCCCGAGAUACUAAUGUUUUGUUGGGUGCCCUUCUGGCUCUGGCUAGUUUAGCUGAAAGUCCAGAAUGUAGGGAGAAGAUAAGUGAACUCAACAUUGUAGAAAAUCUGCUGAUGAUUUUGCAUGAAUAUGACUUGCUUUCCAAAAGAUUAACUGCGGAGUUACUGCGCCUACUUUGUGCCGAGCCCCAGGUGAAAGAGCAGGUGAAGCUCUAUGAAGGGAUACCCGUCCUCCUCAGUCUGCUCCACUCUGACCACCUGAAGCUGCUCUGGAGUGUUGUCUGGAUUCUGGUUCAGGUUUGUGAGGACCCUGAGACCAGCGUGGAAAUUCGCAUUUGGGGAGGCAUCAAGCAGCUUCUGCAUAUUUUACGAGGAGACAGAAGUUUUGUUUCUGAUCGUUCUUCCAUCGGCAGCCUGUCUAGUGCAAAUGCAGCAGGCAGAAUCCAGCAGCUUCAUUUGUCAGAAGAUUUAAGCCCUCGGGAAAUACAAGAAAAUACUUUUUCUCUUCAAGCAGCCUGCUGCGCCGCGCUCACCGAGCUGGUGCUCAACGACACCAACGCCCACCAGGUGGUCCAGGAAAAUGGUGUAUAUACAAUAGCAAAAUUAAUUUUACCAAACAAACAAAAGAAUGCAGCAAAAACUAAUCUACUACAGUGUUAUGCAUUCAGAGCCUUGAGGUUUCUCUUUAGUAUGGAAAGAAACAGACCACUCUUUAAAAGACUUUUCCCCACCGACUUGUUUGAGAUCUUCAUUGAUAUAGGACAUUAUGUUCGUGAUAUCAGUGCUUACGAAGAAUUGGUAUCAAAGUUGAAUUUGUUAGUGGAGGAUGAACUGAAGCAAAUUGCUGAAAAUCUUGAAAGCAUUAAUCAGAAUAAAGCUCCUUCGAAAUAUAUAGGCAACUAUGCGAUUUUGGAUCAUCUUGGAAGUGGAGCUUUUGGCUGUGUCUACAAGGUUAGAAAGCGUAGUGGUCAAAAUCUUUUAGCAAUGAAAGAGGUCAAUUUACAUAACCCAGCAUUUGGAAAGGAUAAAAAAGAUCGAGACAGCAGUGUAAAGAAUAUUGUUUCUGAAUUAACCAUAAUUAAAGAGCAGCUCUAUCAUCCCAAUGUUGUACGCUAUUACAAAACAUUUCUGGAAAGUGAUAGGUUGUAUAUAGUUAUGGAGCUUAUAGAAGGGGUCCCUCUUGGAGAACAUUUCAGUUCUUUGAAGGAAAAACAACAUCAUUUUGUUGAAGAAAGACUAUGGAAAAUAUUUAUACAGCUUUGCUUAGCUCUUCGGUACUUACACAAGGAGAAGAGGAUUGUUCAUAGAGAUCUGACACCAAACAACAUUAUGUUGGGGGAUAAGGACAAAGUAACAGUUACUGACUUUGGACUGGCAAAGCAAAAACAAGAAAACAGUAAACUCACGUCUGUUGUUGGAACAAUCCUGUAUUCCUGCCCUGAGGUACUGAAGAGUGAGCCGUAUGGGGAGAAGGCUGAUGUCUGGGCGGCCGGCUGCAUCCUUUAUCAGAUGGCAACUCUGAAUCCUCCCUUCUAUAGCACCAACAUGCUCUCCCUGGCUACAAAAAUAGUGGAGGCGGUCUAUGAACCAGUUCCAGAAGGCAUCUACUCUGAGAAAGUGACAGAGACCAUCAGCAGGUGCCUCACUCCUGAUGCCGAAGCCCGCCCAGAUAUCGUAGAAGUCAGCUCGAUGAUAUCAGACGUCAUGAUGAAGUAUUUAGACAACUUAUCUACAUCCCAGCUGGCUUUGGAGAAGAAGCUGGAACGGGAACGGAAGCGCACACAGAGGUACUUCAUGGAAGCCAACCGGAAUGCUGUCACAUGUCAUCAUGAGCUGGCUCUGUUAUGUCACGACACCUCUGAGAAGGCGAGCUUGAGUAGCAGCAGCAGUGGGGGCACCAGCCUGAAAGGCGAACUUUCUGAAAGCACGGACCUGCCCCCUGAGGGCUUCCAGGCCCCGUGCGGGAAGGAUGAAGACAGGGCCUGUGAUGAAAUCCUGUCGGAGGAGAACUUCCACUUGGAAACGAUUGAGAAAGAUAUGUACUCAGAGCUAGAUGAUGAACUGGACAUUUCGGACAACUCCAGCAGCUCCAGUUCAAGUCCUUUAAAAGAAUCUACAUUCAGCAUUUUAAAGAGAAGUUUUAGUGCCUCGGGAGGAGACAGACAAUCCCAAACAAGGGACUUCACUGGUGGAAUAGGAUCCAGACCAAGACCAGCUUUGCUGCCUCUUGACCUGCUUCUGAAAGUACCACCCCUCAUGCUCAGGGCCCACGUUAAGGAGCUAGAGGCCGAGUUAGUGAUGGGGUGGCAGUCCCACAGCCUUCCCGCUGUGAUUCUUCGCAAUCUCAAAGAUCAUGGGCCACAGAUGAGCACAUUCUUGUGGCAAGCAUCUGCAGGGAUUGCUGUGUCCCAGAGGAAAGUACGACAGAUCAGUGAUCCUAUUCAGCAGAUCUUAAUUCAGCUGCACAAAAUCAUCUAUAUCACGCAGCUUCCUCCAGCCCUGCACCACAAUUUGAAAAGAAGGGUUAUAGAGAGAUUCAAGAAAUCCCUCUUCAGCCAGCAAAGUAACCCUUGCAACCUGAAAUCUGAAAUUAAAAAGUUAUCUCAGGGAUCUCCAGAACCCAUUGAGCCCAACUUUUUCACAGCAGAUUACCAUUUAUUACAUCAUUCAUCAUGUGCAAGCAGCCUGUCCCCAGAUGACCCGACAGGUCUAUGCACCAGCUCUGAUGUGGAGGAGGGAAUAACAUAUGAACAGAUGCAGACUGUGAUUGAAGAAGUCCUAGAGGAAAGUGGUUAUUACAACUUUACAUCUAACAGAUAUCACUCCUAUCCGUGGGGGACCAAGAAUCACCCAACCAAAAGAUGAAAACCCUGCAUUUUGAACAGACUUCGUUUUCCUAGUGAAGUUCAAGUUCGGGACUUCAGCUCUACCAGAUGCCCAAGGAUUGGGAGCUGCUGGAAGGGUGUGGAAAAGAAAAGACCAAGAUGCCCUGGCCCCUCCAGGGCCUCUGUCUGGAGGCCCUGUGCUAGGUUCUGUGGCCACGGCAGCGUGGGAAGGCUCUGCUCCCCAGAUGUGGUAGACACAGGAUGACAGGGCUGUCAGUAUGCUCCUGGGAGAAAAUGCUGCAAAAUUCUUCUGUGGGGAGAAAACUUGCACCUCACAGAACUUUCCUCCAAGUUUAAAAAAGAAACAACAAAAAAACAAACAAAAAAAGUCAUAUUUUUCAACAGAAUGUUUUAUAUUUAGGAUUGCAGAAACUAUGUUUAAAGGCAUCUAGCCUUCUGUGUAUAAAAAUAGUUUUAGAGAGAGAAAAUUACAGGCCCCAGAGUAAUAAUAUAUUGGGCAAUUCACUGUAUUCUUCCUUUUUUUUUUUUAAUUUUAAAAGAAAUUCAAAAUAGGUGAUUGAAUUUUGUUGUUGUUGUUGUUGUUGUUGUUUUAAGGAAAGGAUUGGUUCUCUCUUAACCAGUGGGUGCUAGUGGUCUGAAGACAGUAGACAGUAUUUGUAACCUUUGCACAGCCUCUGGGUAUAACUGUCAAAUUGUCGGAUGUAAGCUAGACUAACAGAAUAUAUUGCUGUACAGUGUGUGUAUAUAGACAUAUAUAUGGGGGGAGGGAGGAGAGGUUUUGAUUAGGCUAAUGCUUUGCUGCUAAUCAAACUUAUAGUGUUUUUAGAGCACUUUGAAGAGUUCAUAGAAUCUAUGAAAGAGAUGCAAUAUUCCUUAUUCUAAGUCCCUUCUCACUAAAAUCACCUACAUUGUUUUAAAAUUUUUAUUGUUUGGGGAUUUAAAAUGAAAACAAGUUAUAUAAUAAAAUAUAAGUCACUUCUUUAUUCAUUGAGACAUCCCUAAAAAAACAAGAAAUCAGAAUGCCAAAUAGUGUUCCAUUCCUAGGUAGGGAGAGGAAUGAAAUUUUCUAGAUUCUUAUUGGGCUAACAUCUCUUCCACUGGCUUAUGACUGGUGUAAAAUCCAGAAAUGCCCUUAUUGCCAAGUCAGACUGCACUUCUAACUGCUUAAAGAACAUUUUAGUUCUAUAUAAUUAGUAAUCUGAAAGCUGAAAUUAUGCUUUUUAUUUACUUCUCUCUGAGUUCUGGUAUCUUUAUUUACAUUGAUAUAUUUUUAGUAUGAUCGGACAGGAUUUAGUUCUAUAUAUUUACAGUGGCUGAAACAUAAUAACCUUUUGUAUAGUAUAGAAAAUCUCUUAAUGUGAUCGGACAGGAUUUAGUUCAAUAUAUUUACAGUGGCUGAAACAUAAUAACCUUUUGUAUAGUAUAGAAAAUCUCUUAAUGUGAACCCCCACUACUUUUAUAAUUUGUAUGUUCAGUACUUACAGGAUAUCCAAAUUUCCUUCAACUAAUGCCUUUGAAAAUUGCCAAUGAAUCUUUGUCUUUAAGCCAAAUUAAUGAUUAGAAAUACACUGUAAUUUAAAAUAACAUACAAUUACAGUAAUGAAAAAUGUCAGUUUCAGCUUUCAAACCAAUUCCAUUCAUAUGUGAAAUUUACAUGUAAAAUCAAAAUGCUAUGAUUUUGUUGAUUUACCCAGGUAAAAUUUUAUUCCUAGCCCAACUGAAUUUGAACUUGCACUAUUAUUUUUUAUAUCUUUUUGUGCAUGGAAUGGGCACAUUUCCUCAUUGUGUAAGAGGCAGAGGACUACAAAGGCAUAAAUUUUAAUUGUGACAGAAGCCAAUACCUAGAAAUAAACCAAGCUGUUGGGGUGAAAGUUUGAACAAUAAAGUUCUUUCUCAAAUGGUAAUAUAUUUUCAACAAAGUUUAGAAUAGAAUAGUAUUCAGAGGUUACACCUUGAUUAAAAAAAAAAAGAGAGAGAGAGAGAAAUGAUUUCUUUGAAGGUGUUUUCAAAUACAUACAGUUGACCUUAUUGACCAGAAAUGGAACAAAAUUUUUCCAUCAAGCUAUUUCUCUAAGACCAUAGACAUGGCAUUUAUUAUGCUAGAAGCCAGUACGAAUUAACAAAGGUAAACAAAUGGAUGUCAACAGCGUUAGGCCUGUCAACUCCAUGCUGACAGAUGCAUUUUUUGCCGAGAAGUCGUGAAUGUGUUUGUUCUAUUUGAUUCCCUUCAUAGACUACCAGUCCCUGGAUCCACAUUCUCCCAGCGCAAGAGCAGGCCUGUAAGAGAAGGUUAGGCACUGGGAAGGGAUGUCUCUUGUGCAUGGAGUCUCAUGCCAACAGCGAUGUUGCCUUUUCAAAAGCCCUCACUUUCUGACUUUCCACCAAGAAGUCCCCUGCUCUCACAAGACAACAAGAAUGAUCAUUUUGUUUUCACUCUCCAAACUGCUCUCUAGUGCAAAGAAGUCUUUACUUGAGUGUAAUAGGCCUCAUAAUCUUUGCUUGAUUGCCUUUAAAUUUUUUUUAUCUUUCUCUUGUAUUAUCGUUAAUUAUUUGUUGUGCAAUGAAAUCCCUGUGAAUUCAUCUCCUUCUCAGCCACUGAAUAUUUGUAUGGACAGAAUAUGAAUCAGUCUUUUCAGAUCACUUUGGAUACACAAAUGCUUCAGUUAAUUGUGUUUUGAUCUACCAACUCUGUCUGAAUAUGUGAACUUGAAACCUUCAUUUGCUUUUUAAAAGCAAAACGUCCCAUUUGCAAGGAAGUGACUGCAGCAAGCCUGUGUGCUUGCUGGUUGUUAACCUUGUAUUCUUCCAGAUGUUUGAUAUUUAAUUGGAGGUCUCCAGGGAAUAGGAACGUGGACACUAGACCCAGUGCUCACGGGUGAAUUUCAGGACCUUGCUGGAGAAACGCUGCUUGAGUUUAAUGUGGACACUUGUAUGGCCCUGGGCGGUGUGCACGCUCUGGGAGUCCUGAAGCAGAAACUAAUUAAGCAACACUGUCACGCAGUCUACCCAGAUGAUGGAAGUGAUCAGGCAGUAAGGUCUUCUUAGAGGUACCAUCUUAGUAAAUAUUGCGAAUUUUGCUGAGCAACGAAUACAGGACCGGAUGAUUACCUGCAAUUCCAGCAAUAUCCUCAGUUAAUCACCACUCAUAUUUAAGAUGUGGGAAGGCAAGAUUACUGUUUCGUCAGUUGUAUCAGUAUUAAUAUGCAUGGUCUCCACAUCCCUCUAUUUGAUUUGUUGAAUUGCAAAACUAUUUUUAUCGCUAUUUCUCUCUCUUUUUGGAGUCGCAAGGAACCACGUACAGCAAAUAUGCUGGAUUCCUGUAGAAAUGGCUUCAGCUUCUAUUUGAAGGCAGGAAAAACUUCUUAGUAAGGUACUUUUAUCACUUGCCUUUUGCUUUUCCUCUGAUGCGUAUUUAUGAACACCAAAAUCAGCUGGCGAGGCAAUGCAAAGCAAACAGGCCGAACCCGCUCCUCGGUAACCCGGGGAAGCAGCUAUGAAGGGCUUGCGAGCAAGGGAAGCUCAAAGCUUUCCUAGGUCGACCUUGACUCUUGGCGUGAAAUUCCAUCUAAACAUGAAAUUCUUCAUGUUCAACAACCAAAUGAGAUAAGAAGUAUAUUUUAUGUACCUUUAGAUCUUCCAGAUUGUGUCCUUUGAUGGAAAUAGAAUUUUAGAUAGAUGAUCUUUUCCAUUGAAAUGUGCUGCUAACUGUGCUUACCCUUGGAUGCCAUUUUUCAUGUUGAUAGGAAGACACAAAAGUCUCAGGGAAACAACUUUGUGAUAAAGAAAUUCUUUUGUGUGUCAUUGCGGUUAAAUUGCAUAUUGUAAAUAUAACUGUUAUGGCUGAUUGCAUUCCUGCUGUGAUGUUGCUCUGAGAUUUGCAAGAGGGACAAGGAAGGAUUUUGUGAUUUUGACGGAAUGACUGAUGGAUAUUGCAAAUUUACAUGUCUUCUGGGUCCAUGAACAAGAGUUAUUUUAAAAAUGAGUAUCGCACACGCUGGAAGCGUAGCAGCAUUCUUGGUCUGUGAGCUAUGGUAGUUUUUUGUUUUGGAUUUUUUUUUUUACUACAUACAUGCAGUAAUGCACCAGUUUUUAACAUCUUUAAAAGUUUAUUGAUUUUAUCAUAAAAGUGAACUCAAUUCUCAAUCGAAGACUGAAUAUUAUUCCUCAAGCUGUAGCAAGCUGCCUUUUUUUCCAUUUUGUACAGGAAGCUUUGCACCGUACCCAGGAACUGUAUUUGGAGGUAAGAGAAGUGCAUUCGCCGUAGCAAAUACGGGACUGUUCAAAGGCUCUCAUUUGGAAGUAACUUACCUUUGUUUCCUCUGAACAAAGAUAGAAGUUUUAUUGUUUAUAGAAAACCAGUGUCACUUUGACAGGUAAUCAGCAAGUGUGGGUAGAUGCCUGGAAUUGAUGUGCUGAGCUCACAAGUGAAAAAUUAGCUGAAGGUUUUGCAAACAUGUGAUGAACUGUUCCCAUAAAACGAGCAGAGAGAGUUUGAACUAGAAUAACAAACCCAGAGGAACAACAGCUUAAGGCCUUAGCACCCAUAAGUCAGACUGCAAAGGCCACUUACAAAAUAAUAUCCUUAAUCCAUGAUUUAGUUCUACAUUUCAAGCACCAUUUGAGUCAGAAUUCUGGAAAGGAAUAUAAUGCUUAUGAAUGGUUAUUGAAUUUUAGCUUGCCUUGCCCUUCAUACAAAUAUGUUUGCCUCAUACUUCAGUGAGUUUGGGAGGAAAUGGAGCUGGGUUAGGGAUACCUUGUAUCAAGAAGGAAUGCAUGACGUACUUGUAUGAACUCCGCAUGACACUGAGGGAGGCGAAUAAAUAUAAGGACUCAGAAGUGAAACCCCAACUUGUUAGAGAUAAAGGAUGACUCUUUCAAGGAGGUAGGACAGUCUGCAAACAAAAACUGAGAAGUUACAGGGCAAGCAGAAGGCAAGCAGUGUCCCGGAACCUGGCAUCUCCCAGCAGGCCUGUCCCAGGGUGGCAGGUGGUUGGCAAGGGACCAGGAGGUUCCUGAUGCUUGAAUGACUCCUGCUGCUGGGUCUUCUGGAAGCAGCGGGUCGGGUCUCUCCGCCACGUGCAGUUACUGGUGGACUGGUCUCUCGGCACUGUCACUGGUGAGUUGAACACCCACAAAUGUAGCAGAUGGGCCCCUAAGGCCCUAGUAACGUGUUGGUCCAGUCCUUAGGACAGAGUUCCUGGGAAGCAUUCCAAAGACAUUAGACUUCUCUCAAGGACACGGUUGUGUCUGUCUGCCAUUCAGUGAAUGUGUUUCUGCCACCGGCACCAUGUUUGCUUCCCCAUCUUUUAUCCAUGGCCUCGGGCCUGUUUCGUCUGACAAAACAAAUUUUGCAGGAAAUAUAUGUGGACGUUAAAUAGGUAAACGUGGGCAGAUCUGAGUACACGUACACUUGGCCAGAUCAGAAAAGAAGCACUUCCAUGUGUUUCAGUUGUUUGUGGGUAAACCAGUUGAUAAUCAGGCUACAGAAAGAUGCCAUCAGUUUGCUCUUCCAAAAUGGCAAACAACAAUCACUUCAAAGGAAAAUCUUUUGAGCGCAUUUUGUGUACUGACAUUUAGUGGAUCAAAACUGAAUUAGGAUGCUUCCUGUAUUCUGUUGUUCCCAGGGGUGAGUUUGGGAAGAUCAAAAAGAACAGAGCUGUCCUCUGGAGGAAAAAAAAAAAGGUACAGCUCCCCCUCCCCCCACCUCAUGUGGAGUGGAACUUCCACUUUCUAGACAGCCACAGGCCCACUGCACCCACAGAAUGGAAAAUACCUUCGAUUUGCUUUUUCUCCCUUAGCUUCCAGAAGCAUACCCUCUUCUGUUCAGUCCCAUCUGCAGGCUUCUCUUCUGUCUGGCACACCCCCCAGCUGCCUGUUCCUGCCGGAGGAGCGCACGGCUACAAGACCUCCUGUAGGGAGCCCCGCGUUGUUAGAGGGAAUGCGUGGAGCUCUGCGACGGUGCGCGGUAUGGCAGGCAGACGGAUGAUGGCCUCCUUCCUCUGCACGUGGCUCUGGCCUCCCCAAACCUCCAAAACACUGCUGCUGUGAGCACGUUGAGAGUCCCAAGUGAUGAAGUCUGAGGCCCUGGAAAAGAAGAGAAGGCAAUGCCUCUAUGAAAGAUUUAUAUAAAAGAUGCAAGUGGCCUUUAUUUUUGCUAUUGCUUAACUUUGCUCUG